UCUUCCAUGAAUUGUGCUCGGGUUCGACAUUUCGCACACAGCGAAAAAAAUAGGACAGUCGUGCAGAUUACCUGAAAAUGUUGCAGGUGUAGCAAGAUGGACCUGCAUAGUAAUAACAGAACAGGUCUACAGACUAACGCCCAGUAAACACCUGAGUAAUAUGGAGGGCAAUGGUCAGGGAGAGGAUAUUGUAGCUGCAGCUUCUCCCAAAUAUGAACUGGUUUUUGAAGGCAUCACUGUAUCCAUUGGGGAGAAGAUCAUACUCCAAAAUGUCUCUGGGACGGCCCAGUCAGGAAAACUACUGGCAAUCAUGGGACAAAGCAGUGCUGGUAAAUCAACAUUACUGGACACUUUGGCUGGAAGAAUGAGUCUUACUUCAGGGGCAAUAACUCUGAACCAGCAGCCAGUUGGAAAGAAAGACAAACGACAAAUAUGUUAUGUCCUUCAACAAGAUAUAUUUUUCCCAAAUCUGACUUUAAGAGAAACAUUGAAGUUUGCUGCCAUGCUGCGAAUAUCAGACAAAGUUAGUUAUGAUGACAAAAUGAAACAGCUGGAUGAGGUCAUUGAUGCCUUGGGUCUGAAGAAUUGUCUCGAUACAAUGAUAGGUGGCGAUAUGAUGCCCGGGCUGUCAGGGGGCGAGAGGAAGAGAGCUAACAUUGCCUGUGAGAUCCUCACUGACCCUGUCAUCUUGUUACUUGAUGAACCUCUGACAGGAUUGGACGCCAGUACAGCGCAAACUUUUGUACAGCUUCUAAAAUCUUACGCAGCUUCUCAUGACAAGAUUGUCAUCCUGACAGUCCACCAACCCUCCUCUAAGCUGUUCUUCUCGUUUGACAGUCUUUUGUUGAUGUGUGAAGGCCAGAAUGCUUACUAUGGUGCUACCAACAAUAUGGUGGAAUAUUUUGAUGCAAUAGGAAUCACAAUAGCAGAAGGUUUCAAUCCAGCUGAUUUUAUUUUGGAGAAGAUGAAAAGCUGUACAGAUACUCAACAGAAGAUAUUGGAAGCUGCGAGGGAAGUCAGAUCAAGAGAAGACUGGCCACUCAAAGAUCGCUCUAGCUCUGUGGUGUAUGAUGAUCCAGCAUCUCCAACGAUGUUAAAAACAAUACAGUUUAGGGAUAAAAGUUCCUCAUUCUUUGUCAAAUUUUCCAAAAAGAAGAAGGCAAAGUCAGAUGAAGAAGAACCAGGAAGCAUUCAUGCCAGUUUAAUGGAUCUUGAUGAGAUAUCACAACAACCAGAUAUCAGGACCAAAAAGUGGCCCACAGGGUUCUUUGUUCAGUAUAAAUACCUCACAAUUCGUACAUUCCAAUUGGCCAAAUCCCGACACUUGGACCCGACUAAGCUUGUGGAGAAUGCUGUGGUGUGCUUGUUGUUCACACUGAUCUGGUUCCAGCUUCCACGUGUGGAGGAAACUGUGAGGGAUAGGAUGGGUGCUAUAUUUUUCAUUGCUAUUCACUGGGGAUUCAUCCCACUGUUUGAUGCUGUUGCAUCAUUUCCAAUGGAGAGAGUGGUUAUCAACAAAGAGCGAGCGGCGGGCUGGUACCGACUCUCCGCCUACUACUGUGCCAAGAUGACCAGUGAGCUCCCUCUGACCCUGCUUCAGCCAUUGUUCUUUGUUGUGGUCACUUACUGGGCAAUAGGACUCAAUGGAAUCACAUCAUUCUUUGCCACCAUUGGGACAGUUUUCAUCAACAGCAUUGCGGGGCAGAGUAUAGGCCUUUUCCUGGGGAUUGUGAAUACUGAAAUGAGACAGGCGAUUACAGUGACUAUCCUGAUAGAGAUGAUCAUCAUGUUACUAGGGGGAUUAUUUACAAGAAAUCUGCCAUUCUGGUUGGACUGGAUGAAAUAUCUCUCCUUUCUAUUUUAUUCCUACAACUGUCUCGUGUAUCUCGAGUUCAAAGAUGGACCUCCUCUACUGUGUAGGGGUCAAAAUGGGAGUAGGUCGGCGUACCCUGUCUGCCAUGUGGACAACAACACCAUGAUCCCCUCCCCCCAGGUCUUGGAGCACCACCAGAUCUCCUGGGAGUUCUGGCAGUACAUGCUACCAUUGUUUGGCUACAUCGUGGUGUUUCGCUGUCUGGGCUACAUCUGGCUCCGAUUUGUACAGAAACCUCACUAAGUCCUAUACUGUAAAAGUGGUUAUUUACGCUGGUGGUUAAGUCAAGUUUUAAAUACAAUUAAAUACAUGUUUGUGUUAUUUUCCACUCAAAAAUUGGAUUAUUUAAGUCAUACGCACAGAGUUUUUUUAAGGCGGUUUUAAGCUUAUUGUGUAACUAGUGUAUACAUGUAUUUCCCCCAUGCGAAAGUAAACAUUUUUACAGUAGAUCAAUGUAAUCAUUCACAAAGUGGUGCAAUUUCCAUAUUUUAGUAAAAUUUAUUCAUGGUUUAUGUUAUACAGAGAACAUACUUCAGAUAUUGUGAUAUAUAGAGAUUUUAAAGUUUGUUAUGUUUUGGGGUUUUUUUAAUUAUUUUAAUAUUUUUUUUAGAAUUUUUGUACAAUUUCUGAUUAUUUUUUUUUGUCAAUUCUUAACUGUUCAACCAAAUGUACAUGUAUUAAUCACUAGAUUUAAUAUGUGAAUACAUGUAUCAGCUUGAUUAUAAAAAAAUAUCAUUUUUUGUGAAUGAUGUAAGUACAUGAUUUUUUUUAUCAAUAACUGUUAAAAUUAUUACAUGUACAUGUACUUGUAAGCUCUUACCAUACACUGUUCUUUACUAUCUGUUGAUGAGUGCUCUUAAAGUUAUGAAUGUUUAUGCAUACAUACUAGUAUAUAUAAACCUAUUGUUAUUCUUACAUAUUAUAUUUUAUAUAUAGGAAUUGAGAGUUGUUAAGAAACUAUAUUUUGAAUCUCAUUGAAUAUGUAAAAUGAUAUUUUCAGUUCAUUUUAUUCUUAUACAUUGUAAUUCUAUAUGUUGUUUAUAUUGGACAUUUAAGCAUAUUAUUGUUAUACUAGUAAUAAAGAUGUAAGAAACUGU